AUGUCUGGCGUUGGAGCUUCCAUAGACAAGCGGAGCCGUGGUGUGAAAGUUGAUCGAAUCAGCAACUUGCCACUGGAUUUAAUACAUAAAAUCCUAGAAUGCUUACCGCUACGAGAAGCUGCUAAGACAAGGGUUUUGUCGCAACAUUGGAGGUAUAAAUGGGCUUCGAUUCCACAGCUUAUACUUGAUAAGUCAUUUUGUAAAGACAUCACAAAGGGAAAAAAUGAACCUGCAGUCAUAUCAUCAGCUUACUCAAAUACUGUUAACAAUAUACUUCUUAGUCGUGCUGGACCAAUAUCUAAGUUUGUACUUUAUGUUCCCUCUUGGUUCCCGGGAGAAACAUACAUGUGGAUACGGCAUGUUUUUGCUAAUGAUAUCAAGGAAUUCAUCCUGGAGUUUGCUCCCAGUCUGCGUAAGAAUUUGCCUACAUGUUCACUCUCCUGGCUACGCAUAGAAGAAACUAUGGCUUUAGAUACAUUAGACCUGGACAUUAAGUUACCUUUCUGCUGGAAUGAGAUCCUCGAUUUCUUUGCCAAUAUUAAGAAUCUCACUCUGAAAGGCUGUUUUUGGCGGACAUUCGAUCAUUUUAUAUUACCCGAAAAAAUUCCAAAAGAAUUGGCACAGUUGCGAACUUUGAAUUUGGUAGAAAUAUCAUUGUACAAUCAAUUCCAAAUUUCGUUUGUUGUUCUCUUGCUUACGAGCUCCCCACAGUUAAAGCUACUAUCCAUUGAAGCUAAAGAUAAUAUAGAUGGCAUCGUUCAUCACUCAAUUCAGAUUGAUUGCUCUUACAUCCUUCAAUGCCUCAGAAAAGUGCAGCUCUUUGGUUUAUCAGGGUUGAGCGGUGAGCUACAACUGUUAAAAUACAUUCUAGGCCAUUCUCCUGUCCUAGGGAAUAUGACAAUUGAAUUCAUCAGUGCAAAAAUGAGAUUACAAACAAGAUAUGACUUUGCUGUGGAGGCUAUGCAAUAUCGUCGAGCAUCACCAAAUGCUGAGAUAAUAAUCAAGACUAAGUAA